AGCUAGGAAAGCACAACAAGGCAGCGGUGCAGAUCAGGAUCAGGGAGGACAUGAAGAGAAUGGCGCAGCUGCCCAUGCUGAAAAACCUGCCGACCCUCAACACCUCGGGGGACAAGACAGGUCAGAGGGCAUUUGGUGUUUCCCUGAUUGAACUGAGCGAAUUAGGAUUGGUAAAUGACGGCGUGCCCUCGGUCCUGAGAGGCAUGGUGGAGUACCUGAGACAGCAUGUGUGGAGCAGCAUGGUGCAGUAUUUGCAGCAGUAUGAACAGAGGAAUCCAUUCCCGUUUGUAUGAUAGAGCAGCGUCUCUUAUCCAAACAUCUACAAAUAAUCUGUGGGCUGUAAUCAAAGAAACGCAUGUGACUCUUUAAUAAGUGUAAAUAAUAUAUUAAUCUGUCUGAUUUCAUUUUUUUUGUGUAUCCAUAUACAUUGUUGUACUUAAUUUUGUAUUUACUCAAAAUAAUAAAAACAUAU